GGCCGUUUCUUAAAUUUCUUCAAGACCGCAGGCGGCCGCUCAUCGCAGCACGGCACGCGAAAUGCUUUUCCUUACGCAUUUUGAACGUAUGAUCGCAUCCACGAAUUUUUUAACCAAGCUGCAAUGAGUGCAUCAAGAAACUGCUCACGUGUUUAACGCGAUUUCCGCACGAGCGAUAAACUUUGAGCAUCGGGCGUGCAUCUUCGUCGAUUUGAGCAACGCAGUGGAUCGUCUCAAUGGCGUCUGUGAACAACACAAGGAUUUCCUUCUCGAGUACGACGUCUGAUCAGGCUCGAAGGGCAAGAAAGAGACAGCCCUCUGUCCUGAACGGUAUUGGCAGCUCGUACGAGGACAGAAACAGCGACUUUCUCUGUCCUAUCUGCUUUGAUAUCAUUGAAGAGGCUCAUAUGACUCCGUGCGGUCACACUUUCUGCUACAAGUGUAUCACAACAGGCCUGGAAUACAGCAACCGCUGUCCAAAAUGCAACUUUGUUGUCGAGAAGAAAGAGCAGAUAUACCCCAACUUUCUGCUCAACGAACUCAUCACAAAGUACAAGCAGAAGCUAGCUGACAAGAAGCUGAAGAUGCAAACACACAAUCAAGCAGUGUCUGAGCUUCACGAGCUCAUCGCACAGGAGGCAGACAACAUGGACCUCAAUGACGUCUACAAUAUGCUGGAAAUCCUUUCGCAAAAGAAACAGCAGCUGGAAGCUGACUGUAAGGCAGCACAGGCCCAGAUACUCAAGGAGUUCUUGCAGCAGGUUCGCAAGCACAAACAGGAGCAAAUGGACCAGCUGACCAGCGAGCUGAACUUCAUUGACGAAGAUCUUAGGAGUGUGGAGGCAGAUGUCAAGGAGCCCGAGCGUUCUUGGCUGGCCGGGAUGGAUUCUUCUUCCUCUGAGCUUCAGGCAGUCCCCGUCGAACAAAGUGCAAUGCAGGAUGGAUUUAAUGGCAGCAAGCACGGUGCCAAGCCCCAGUGGCUUCAGAGUACCCUGGCAGCUCGGCGAAAGCGGGUUCAUCUUCAUUUCGACGACCUGGAGCAGUGUUACCUGUCGGCACGCACCAAGAACUUGACCUCCACUUCCUCCGAUGGCCUCAGGGAGUUCACGGAGAAUCUGUCGAAAUUCACGAGGUACAGCAGCAUGCGCCCUUUGGCAACACUCAACUAUGCCACGGACCUGCUAAACGGAACCAGUAUUGUAUCGAGCAUCGAAUUUGACAAGGACAACGAGUUCUUUGCAAUAGCAGGAGUGACAAAGAAGAUAAAGGUGUUUGAGUAUGGCACAGUGAUACAGGACAUUGUGGACAUACACUAUCCCGUCAACGAAAUGAUGUGCAAUUCGAAAAUCAGCUGCAUCAGCUGGAGUUCCUACCACAAAGGGAUGCUUGCAUCUAGUGACUAUGAGGGCACAGUCACCAUAUGGGAUGCCUUCACUGGACAGAAAGUCAAGAUGUUCCAGGAGCACGAAAAGCGGUGCUGGAGCGUAGACUUCAACAAGGUGGACACCAAGCUCAUUGCGUCAGGCUCCGACGAUGCAAAAGUGAAGCUGUGGUCCAUUGCCUCGGAUCACUCCAUUACAUCACUGGAAGCCAAGGCAAAUGUCUGCUGUGUCAAGUUCAACCCGGAAUCCAGAUUUCAUCUGGCGUUGGGAUCAGCUGAUCACUGUGUGCACUAUUACGACCUGCGGAGCACCAAGCAGCCCCUGGGGGUGUUCAAGGGCCACAAGAAGGCGGUGUCCUACGUCAAGUUCCUCAACACCACCGAGCUUGUGUCUGCCUCGACGGACAGCCAGCUGAAGCUGUGGAACAUCAACAACCCUCACUGCCUGCGCUCUUUCAAGGGACACCUGAACGAGAAGAACUUUGUUGGGCUUGCAACCGACGGCGACUAUGUGGCUUGUGGGAGCGAGAACAACGCCCUGUACAUCUAUUACAAGGGACUGUCCAAGCAAGUGCUAACCUUCAGGUUUGAUGUGGUGCGCAACAUUUUGGAAAAAGACAAGAAAGAGGAGGACAGCAACGAGUUUGUCAGCGCCGUCUGCUGGAGAAUCGGAUCAAGUGUUGUGGUAGCCGCAAACAGUCAGGGCACCAUCAAGGUUCUGGAGCUCGUCUGAAGUCCUGGAGUAUUUCAAUUUGUUUCCCGAUCCAUCAUUUUUUUUUUUAGUUAAUUUUGCCUCGAUUUUGUUUUAUUGCUAGGGAAACUUUGCAGGUCUCUGGACUGACACUUUUUGUUUAAAAAACAGCAAGCAAUUUCAGCUUUGUAUAUAAUUGUUAUUUUGUUAGCCCUGCUCAUUCGUUAUUGAGCCUCAUUUUGUACCAAAUAAACCGUACUGGAUG